AUGGAUGAAAUGCUUAAGCAACUUAAUGGCCAGCAUCCAAAGCUGUUCGUAUUACUGGUAAUGUGGCACGCGCUGGUCCAGAUCCAGACGCUGGCUUUGGCGGGGCAUCGUGAACCUGCAAUAUCAGGCUUCCUCCUGUACCCCCUAAGUUUUCUCCUCCUCCUUCCCCUGUCACGUUCUUAUCCUUUCUCUCUCUCCCCUUGCCCUUCCCUUUGCACUUGCUACCCCUCACCUCCGACAGCUAGCUGCCAGUCGCACAACCUGUCCCGUGUCCCAUCACCUCUACCUAACCAGGCCCGGCGGGUCUUCCUGCAGAACAACCAGAUCUCAGAAUUAGGCCCUGGACUUUUUUCUCCUUUCACAUCUGUACUUUGGCUAUUCUCAAAUCGUAUCUCAGUCCUGCGUCCUGGGACGUUCCAGGGUCUGGAGCAUUUGGAAGAGUUGGAUCUUGGAAAAAACCCAUAUUUGCCACCUCUACAGCCAGAUACUUUCAGUGGUUUGAAUUAUUUGCUCUCCCUGCACUUGUAUCAAUGUAAUAUCCACAGGCUGCCAGCUGACCUGUUCCGAGGCCUCCAUUCUCUGCGCUACCUCUACCUUCAACACAACCGCCUGACAGGACUGCCGGAUGGCCUCUUUGGUGACCUUUCAAAUCUUACACAGCUGUUUCUGUAUGGAAACCUUCUACAGUCGCUCCCAGCUGGCACGUUUUUUGGCCUCUCAAGCCUGGAUCGCCUGCUACUUCAUAGUAAUCGAUUAGUGACGAUUUCUCCUGCUGCUUUUACGGGCCUGAGCAGCCUCACCAUUCUUUUUCUCUUUAACAACAGCCUCCCUUCUCUCUCAGGAGACUCUUUGCGUUCUCUUCCCUCCCUCCAGUUUUUGCGCCUCAAUGGAAACCCAUGGCACUGUGAUUGCAGUUGCCGAUCAUUAUGGGGCUGGUUCCGCUCUUCCCCAGGUGUCUCCAGCUCCCCAGUAACCUGCUCUUCCCCUCCUGCUCUUCGGGGGCGGGACCUGCGUUUUCUAGAGGAGCGGGACAUGCGGUACUGCACCUCACACAGCCCUUUGCCUACUGGGAACCUAUCAGGAUUAUCAUUUCCACCCAAGCCUUCUUCUUUCUAUAAAGGUCAGCCUGGGCCAAGUGAGAAUGAGAUCAGGGGGUGGGAGGAUAGCACAGAGGAGGGUGUAGAUGGAGAAGACAUAGGCAACGGUGCAAAUGGAUCUAUCAGAGGUCUUGGGAUUAUACUGAUGGUGUCUGUACUUAUUGUGAAUGUAGAAAUAGACGUUUGA